AUGCAACCCAAUCACCAAACCAGGAGUCAGCUGGACGAGAGUCCAAUCUUAGGGAAUGCUAUCCAUAGUCUGCUGUCAAGCAAUGCCUUUUCCGCCAAUGACGCACCACCAAUGUUUCCUGUGAGUGAAAGCUCCAUGGUCCAUUCAACUCCCGGCCGAUAUCCACAUACCAACCACAGUAUGCAAAUGCUCAUGCUUGCCUACCGAGAGUGGCUAUGCACAUUGUCCAGUUUUCAACCAAACCCAAAUUCUGUGCCUAGAUCGUCCAAUGCUCUGCAUUCUGAAACCGAUUUCUCAACGGAACACCUCACAAGAGUUUCGGAAUUAUCCUCUACCUCGUUUUGUGAUCCGUUGAGAUACCCAUUUCCGGAUUCUUUAGAAGCCGUCAACUGGUUACGGAGACAAUUGAAUAGCCAAUCGAACACUAAUACAUCAUCCGAUGCUUUAUUAACUCAAUCCAUUGGCGAUUUACCCGUUUCUUUCAAAAAGGAGAGUUCUUUGUCCGAUCACAAUUCCCCAUCUGGGAUGACCAUAGCUCUGUCGCGGAAACCAGUCAAAUCACCACAGAGAAAAUCGUUUGAGUUCCCAUCCACAAACACUGGCACUCUUAACUCCAUUCGAUCUCAGUUGAGGAAGGAUCCCGGAUGUGGAAGCAAUUUUAAUCCCAUCGUUUUUGAAGGUCAGGGAAGAAUCAAUCAAUUGGGUGGCAUGUUCAUUAACGGUCGACCACUACCUUACGAGACGCGUUUACGUAUUGUACAACUAGCAAACAACGGUGUAAGACCAUGCGAUAUAUCACGUCAACUCAAAGUUUCCCAUGGUUGUGUGAGCAAGAUUUUACAAAGAUACAACGAAACCGGAAGUGUCAGCCCGGGAGCCACGGGUGGAGCGAGAAAAGCACGAACAAUUCAGCAUGGCACAGGUACUUCGGUGAGUAGCACGAGACCACCUUCAAGGUCUUGUUAUCGAAAACUAGCUGGUGACCGAUCACCUGAUGAAUCGCAUUCUCAAAGCACCAGUCAAAAAAUACCACUUGGUUUUGACUGUAAACCACCCAAAGUGAAAUAUGGCCGUUUGGUUGAGGGUCGGGAUAUCGUACCGUCGAAGAGAGCCGCUUCAACCUCCGAUCAUGAGCCGCAUAAUUCAGAAUCAGACGGUCACACCGAAGCAGUGGAUCUAUCUUCGCGAAAGGAAACACAGAGUACAUCGAACCGAGGUGCGGACUUCUCACGCGAUAUGGAGCAAUCUGACACCGACUCUUCUGGAUCUUCGUUACCGGACAGGCGAGCAACACCUCUGUACCACAUCGGCGAAGGUCUGUCUUUCAAAGAUAACGUCCCUUCAUCUAACCAAUCAAAAGACAAUACCAGGCGUUCGAAGCUUGUAAGUUCUAAUCGGUCGCCUUCUGCUCAAAUAACUGGACCAAUGAAUGAGGCGAUCGAUUCACCAACAGAAAGAUGGCCUUCAGAGUCUUCGAGUAAAUCAACGAAUACUUCACCAAGUCGUAAACGACUCCGUCGACUAUCAGAUGAUGAAACAGCCGUGUCAAAUAGUCGUGCUAUUUUCCUCGAAGGAUCCUCCCCGCCAAGAUCUAGCAAAAGCGAUCGGGAUAGUAUAGCCGAAACAUCAAGUCCAACAAUGCAAAAAGUAGCUACAUCAUCGUGGAUGAAACAAUCAUCUGUACCUCAUGAUUCGGAUCUCCCAAGUUGUGGAGGACAGGUAUCCGAACAACAAGCGUCACAAUUACGUAUUGAUGUUGGUGACUGGGAUUCGAGUGCUCGAAGUAUUCGCAUAUCUCCUUUGGAAGGAAACACAAGCGAUUCCACAUGCGUUACGAUGAGCGGUCGCAGGAACAGGACUACAUUUACCGAAAAUCAGGUGGCAUUCCUCGAAUUGGCUUUCCAAAGAACACACUACCCGGAUCUUCAACUUCGGGAAUAUCUCGCCUCACAAACGAACUUACCCGAGAGCAAAAUUCAGGUACACAUGAAGAUCGCUUAUAAAGAUUUCAUUCUUGCUGUAAUUUAA